AUGGGAAUCCAUGCACGGUGCCAACGCAUCAAACGUGCGGACUGUGCUUUGAGAAAUAAGAGCUGCCAGCGAAGCAUGCGCGAUGCAGCUCAAUGUGUUAUUGUAUGA